CCUCAAUCACGACAACUAACCAGCAGCACACCGACGCCCGCGAUGUCUCGGCCUACCGUCACUAUCAUCUCCGGAAGCGGAGAGGCUUCCAAGGACACCAUCUCCGUCCCCAAUGUCUUCAAGGCCCCUAUCCGCCCGGACAUUGUCCACACAGUUCACACUGGCAUGAACAAGAACCGCCGUCAACCCUAUGCUGUUUCCGAGAAGGCCGGUCACCAGACCUCUGCUGAGUCCUGGGGUACUGGACGUGCUGUUGCCCGUAUCCCCCGUGUGUCCGGUGGAGGAACCCACCGUGCCGGUCAGGCUGCUUUCGGUAACAUGUGCCGUUCCGGUCGCAUGUUCGCUCCUACCAAGGUCUGGAGGAAAUGGCACCAGAAGAUCAACCUGAACCAGAAGCGUUUCGCCACCGCCUCUGCCAUUGCCGCCUCCUCCAGUGCUGCUCUCCUCAUGGCCCGUGGCCACAACGUUUCCACCGUCCCAGAGGUUCCCCUUGUCGUUGCCUCUACUGCUUUCGCCAACGGUGCCAUCGCCAAGACAUCCGCCGCUUUCGCUCUGUUGCAGGCUGUCGGUGCCGGUGCUGAUGUCGAGAAGGUCAAGAAGUCCAAGAAGCUCCGUGCUGGUAAGGGUAAACUUCGUGGUCGCCGUCACAGGCAGCGCCGCGGUCCCCUCGUCAUCUACAACCCCGACGAGGAUGGCAAAGAGCUCGUUACUGCUUUCCGCAACCUUCCCGGUGUUGAGACUUCCUCCGUGUACUCUCUCAACCUCCUCCAGCUCGCCCCCGGUGGUCACCUCGGCCGCUUGAUUGUCUGGACUUCCUCCGCCUUCUCCGCCCUCGACAAGGUCUACGGCUCCACCACCGAGCCCUCAGCCUUGAAGAAGGACUUCCUCCUUCCUUCCGCCGCCAUGAAGCAGCCCGAUCUCUCCAAGAUCAUCAACUCCAGCGACGUCCAGAAGGUUCUCCGUCCCGUCCGUGGCGGUGCCAUCACUAAGCGCACCAACGUCCAGAAGAAGAACCCUCUCCGCAACUUCCAGGUGCAACUCCGCCUCAACCCCUACGCGGCUGCCUUCUCCAAGAACAAGGAGGGCUCCAAGAAGGUCGACGGCGGCAAGCCCGUGCGUGUUGGCAGCGAGUACGUGGAGCAGAUCCACGAGAACUAA